AUGGAACCAGAGAAGAAGAGGAAGAAGAAACAAAAGCUUAGCGCAUUAGAAAACGCAAGUCCUUCUCUCUCAAAGAUGGAACCAGAGACGAAGAAGAAGAAAAAGAAACAAAAGCUUACCACAUCAGAAAGCGCAAGUCCUUCUCUCGCAAAGAUGGAACCAGAGGAAAAAGAGAUUAAUGUGGUCAACGCAAUGAAUAAACAGAGCGAUGUCGCUAUGUUCCUUGCGGAGAAAGUAAUCUCAGCCGUAGCCAAGAACUCAAACUUCGUCUUCUCUCCGGCAUCAAUCAACGCCGUUCUCACCAUGGUCGCCGCUAGCUCUGAAGAAGAAUCACUUAGAUCCUUCAUCUUCUCUAUCCUUAGGUCUUCCUCAAUGGAUGAGCUCAACGCCGUUUUCCGCGAGGUGGCUACAGUCGUCAAGAGCGGUGGCCCUAAGAUCUCAGCCGUUAAUGGAGUGUGGAUGGAGCAAUCUCUAUCUCUUAAUCCCUCCUUGAAGGACUUCUUUGAGAAUUUCUUCAAGGCUUCUUUCGCUCAAGUUGAUUUCCGAUUCAAGGGUGAAGAAGUGCGUAAGGAAGUAAAUGCGUGGGCUUCACGUCACACAAAUGAUCUCAUUCAAAACAUUCUUCCUCAUGGAUCCGUUACAAGCGACACCGACGUGAUUUAUGGAAACGCAUUGUACUUCAAAGGAGCAUGGGAACACACAUUCCCAAAGUCUUUGACGAGAGACGAAGAGUUUCACCUUCUCAAUGGCACUUCAGUCUCUGUGCCUUUCAUGGAGAGCACUAGGAUGAAAUACGUAGAGUCUUACGACGGUUUCAAGGUUCUUAAGCUCCCGUUUGCACAAUCCGGCGAUACGGACCGCAAAUUCUCAAUGUAUUUCUAUCUCCCCGAAGCAAAUGAUGGAUUGGACGAUCUUGUGAAGAGAAUGGCAUCUACUAGUGGAUUCUUGGAUAGUCACAUUCCAAGCCAAAAAGUUAUACUUGGUAAGUUCGGGAUCCCGAAGUUUAAGAUCGAAUUCGGGUUUGAGGCUUCAAAGGCUUUCAGUGAAAUGAAACUGGAUUCGGUUUCGUUGCACCAUAAAGCUUUGGUUGAGAUCGAUGAAGAUGGUGCAGAAGCUGCUGUGGUUACAAAAGGAGGUCCUAGAGGCCGUAGAACCUACAUCAAGAGGACAUAUAUAGAUUUUGUGGCUGAUCAUCCAUUUGUUGUUUUGAUUAGAGAAGACUAUACUGGAACCGUUUUGUUUGUUGGUCAAAUCUUUGAUCCUUCCAAAUCUGUUUCUACCUAG